GUAAGUGUGUGUGUGUGUGUGUGUGUGUCCUCCCCGGCCGCAUGAGAUGAGCUGCCUGCAGUCUUUGCGGCCACUGUUUUCGCCUCCUCCUCCUCCUUCUCCUCCUUCUCUUCUUCUUCUUGCCUCUGUCUAUCUGUCCAGUCCGGGAAUGUUGACCACCGUGGCCUGAUCCAACGCCGCCGAGUGUCCCUUCAUCUCCUGACUGCCACUCUCCGUGUUUGUCUCUGCGGGUCGUAGCCUGCCUCAACUGUGAUCCAGCUGUAAGGUUGUGCUCUGUCCAUCCUGUGUUGAAACUGAUUCAACCGAGCAAGUUGUUUGAAAGAUCUGAGAAACACAAAAUAUGGCUGUGGCCGGAUGUCCGGAUUACUUCCUGCAUCAUCCAAAUUAUCAGCAGGACAAUAUAGACCGAUCCUCCAAUCACAGACAGGCUGAUCUCAUUGGUCCGAGCUUCCAGCAGUCAGCCAAUCGGAGUUCUCCUAACCACCAUCAAGAGGAUGACGUUGAUUUAGAGGCCCUGGUGAAUGAUAUGAACUCUUCCCUGGAGAGCCUGUACUCCACCUGCAGUGGUCAGCAGACAGAGUCCACCCCACUACUGCACAAUGGACAGACCUCUUCCUCACACCAUCACCCCCAUCAUCAUCACACGCAACACAACCACCCUCGGCAGGGUCAUCACUCGCACGCACUAAGCCAUGCUUCCCCUGAGCUGCCCUCCUCCUCCUCCUCGUCAGUGGACUCACCCCAAGCUAGCCUCCGACGGUCACAACCCAUGCACAUCCUUGCUGUCAGGAGGUUGCAGGAGGAGGAGCUGAGGACAUCGUCUCUCCCGGCCAUCCCCAACCCCUUCCCCGAGCUCUGCAGCCCAGCAAGCUCCCCUGUCCUCAGCCCGGGGUCUCUACCCCCUGGAGAACCCUCCUCUGGCAUAUAUAUUGUGAAGAUUUUCAGUGAAGAUGGCAUGGGGAAAGUGGUGGAGAUCCCAGCCGACAUGACAGCCAGGGACCUGUGCCAGCUUCUGGUUUAUAAAAGCCAUUGUUUGGACGACAACAGUUGGGCACUUGUUGAACACCACCCGCUGCUAGGGCUAGAGCGCUGUCUAGAAGACCAUGAGCUGGUGGUUCAGGUCCAGGCCUCGAUGAACAGCGACAGCAGAUUCCUCUUCAGGAAGAACUAUGCCAAAUAUGAAUUCUUCAGAAACCCGCUGACAUUUUUCCCGGAGCAAAUGGUCGCGUGGUGCCAGGAAACCAAUCGUACGAUUCCACCAUCUCAGCUCCUUCAGAACUUCCUAGCGACCAGUAGCUGUCCAGAGAUCCAGGGGUAUCUGUAUGUGAAGGAAGUGGGCAGGAAGUCAUGGAAGAAAGUUUACAUGUUCCUGCGGCGCUCAGGACUUUACUGCUCUACAAAAGGAACCUCAAAGGAGCCCAGACAUCUACAGUUUCUAGCAGACCUUGAAGACAGCAACAUCUUCACUGUCAUCACAGGCAAGAAGCAGCACGGUGCGCCCACAGACUACGAGUUCUGCAUCAAGCCCAAUAAAUGUCGAGGGGAGUUGAAGGAGUUGAGGAUGCUGUGUGCGGAGGAUGAGCAGGGAAGGACCUGUUGGCUGACGGCCUUCCGGCUCUUUAAGUAUGGGAUUGUGUUGUACCAGAAUUAUAAGAUUCCCCAGCAAAGAAAAACCUUGCUGUCACACUUCUCAGCACCUGUGCGGAGUGUAUCGGAGAAUUCCCUCGUGGCGAUGGAUUUCUCAGGGAGGAUAGGCAGGGUGAUUGACAACCCUGUAGAAGCUCAGAGCGCCGCCAUGGAGGAGGGACAUGCGUGGAGGAAGAGGAGUCAACGAAUGAACAUAAUCGGCUCCCACAGUCCACUACACCACUCCUCACUAAGCUCAGUCAUCCACAUAGCUCAGUUGUGGUACCACGGCAGGAUAACCAGAGAAGAAUCCCAUCGCAUCAUCCACCAGCAGGGACAAGUCGAUGGGUUGUUUCUGCUGAGAGUCAGUCAGAGUAACCCCAAGGCGUUUGUGCUCACAUUGUGCCAUCACCAGAAAAUCAAACAUUUCCAGAUACUACCGUGUGAAGAGGACGGCCAAGCCUUCUUCAGCCUUGACGACGGCGCCACCAAAUUCACCGACCUGAUUCAGCUGGUGGAGUUCUACCAGCUCAACAGAGGAGUGCUGCCUUGUAAACUCAAACACCCGUGCACCGUCGUGGCCUUAUGACACCUUCGGAUCAUCUGACCCCAUGACCCCCUAUCACUUGACCUGACUCUGCCUAAAACAAACAAAACUACAAGAAUCUUUCUGUUGGUUGGUUCUUUUUUUGUUUUUAUCUUUACAAGAAGCUGGUGAAUUGACUGAUGUUUUUGUUGUUUAUAUUAUUGUGAGUCCGCCAGAGACUGCUGACAUGUUGGAUUCCUUUUUGCAUGGAUGUUUGAGGAGCUGGAUGCACAACCUGCUCACAAGGUUCCUCAGUCAAGAGGAGAGAAGAUACAGGAAAUGAACACUGCCGUUUGUGUCAAUGCUGUCGCGAAAUCUUCCACAAUCUUGCUACCCAUAGUCAUCAAUAAGCUCGGACACAGUGACCCUCAAGGUUUUAUCACGCAGCUCAAGUGUAGACUGUGUAUCCCUUCAACUGGACAAUCAGCAGGACAGUUCGAGCUCCCGUGUGGACCACUCUGCUCUCUGAGAACAAACUGUAGUCUCAUUCAAGCUUCCUCACACGUCCUCAAAGAAUAUACUGUAGAUGGAGAGUUGAUUGUCUCUUAGUUUUGCACUCAUCAAACUGGGAGUGGCCUUUUGACGGUGCAUGACUUCUCAGCUGUCUUAACUGUGAGAUGGUGCCACCGCCCUCUAGUGUCAUAGGCAUGUAAGGACUUGUCAAAAUUUAACAUGGACGAGAUUUGGAGGUGCCAGAGAGAGGGCUGCUUCUGAAUCCUUUUUGAGGAUUGGAAACAUCAGAUGAAAACGGCUAAGGAAAAGUCUGGAACUGUUGACACAAAUUAUUUUUUUAAAUAGGGGACAAAACAAAAUCUGCGUUGUCCACCCUCACGGAAAUUUUAUUUGCUCAUCCCUCACCUCACAGGGUUUCUUUUCUUGAUACAUUGCAGUUAUGUAUUGUUAUUAAUAGUCUCUUUGAUAAUAUAUUUUUUUAAAGCCCACCUUUGGCAUCCUGGAUAUUUUCAACUCUUCAUUAGUCACAUAUACCACAGUAAGGUCAUUCUGUACUUGUUACUCUGUCGCAUGCUCCAUUUCCCGAAAGUAUGUCCACUGCAACUUCCACAAACAUGAAUAAGCAUUAAUCAAACCAUGGUGUCAUUCAGGGUGAAAUAACAAGGAAUAAAGCUAAAUGAAUUUUGUUACCGGGUAGACCGUUUUGGUGAUUGUAAAGUUAAAAGUGCCGGCAAAUGCACGAUGGAAUAUGCUGCAAAAGAUAAAGUGGGACAGUGGAGAGCAUCAGUCUUUUGUUCAGUCUCCUCACCACAGCACAGGGAAGGAUAACCACUAGCAUUUCCUUCAGGUGUUUUUCAAGUGAUAGCGAAUCAAAGGAAACUAAAUUAGAUCCCCCCAGAGAUACAGUGGAUCCUGCGUUAAACAUCUGUCCUGGUUCCAGACUCUCUCUUCACAAGUGUUCCACAAACCGCCUCCUGCUGUACCUGUUAAAGUCAGUGAGAUGCUGUUGGACAUAAAAGUGGCUAGAAACAUGGUUGAGUGUGCUCUGACUCCAGACUCUGGUGCAGUACAUCCCAUAUAAUGCAGCCCUGUUCUGCCUGGAAGUACUUGUGAAGUAGCAGUAUUGCAUAUACACCUGCUGCCUACUGCACGCCACCUCUUUGUGAAUUCAGGCACAAUGUCUAUGAAAAGUUAGCUCUUGCUACAGUGUGGGGGAAAAUAUGUCAAGAGGGAAGAGUAUUGAAAUGAUCUCUAUCUCUUCCUCCUCUCAGCCCGUCACAUCCGGUCUCAUCGCACUUUCUUUAGCCUGCUGUUGGAUAAAAUGAAAAUGCACCAUCAGCGGUGUGGCAGCAGCGUAAAACUGGAAAUUUUAGGACUCAGACCUCUGACUGCAAAUGUACCACACGGCCCACUUUAUUUUAUUAUCUUAACCCCUGUCCCUUCAUUUAAAUUUAGAGUUGCCUCUGAUACAUGCUGUGUUUUUGAUUGAUGAUGAUGAGAUUGUCAAAUCAAAAACAUAGAAUGUAAAACUUGUUUUCCUAAUGCCAGCCAAGUUAGUAAAAAAAAAAAAAAAAGUAUUUGAAUGGAUUACGCUUUGUGUUUUGGCCAUGUCUGCGAUGGAGCUCCUUUAAUUAACUGUAGUGCAAGGAAGAUUUCAGCACCGUGUCUCUAGAUAACCUGGAUUAAAUUUCUUUUUAAAUAGACAGGGCUACUUUUUCAGCACCUAUUGAUCAUGUCUGGAACUAAAUGGAUAACACAUGAAAGGCAAAUCCCAGCCAUCUCUAAUUCUAGGAAGACAUACUGCAUGUAAAAGCCCAAAGUUAUUGGAUGUAUAUCUGAUGAUAUUCAUAUUCGGUGUCUGUCACUCCCAGUAAAUUCACCAAACCCUCUUUGAAAUGACGCACCACAGUUGUUGUUCCAUGUCAAUACAUGAAAUUUCUAAAACCUCACACUCUAGUUUUAUUUAGUCCAAGCUCUGGUUAGGUCACAGGUCAGCAGACAUUUACAUAUCUAUUUGUACUUGUACUUGUACUUGUAAUGCAACAUCAGCCUUGAUUGAUUUACCUGCAGGUUAUCUUGAACAUCUGAGAUGCAGAAUAGCCACACCAUUUUGACUUUUUGUGCAUGGUCACCAUUAUUUAUCUAAAAUGCAAUGACUCAAUCAUUAUUUUUAAGUAUUGUUGCAGCAAAAAUGUAUUUAUUUAUCUUGAUGUGACUGAUUACUUGAAAAUUUUAGAUUUUUUUUUUCUCGGCGCUGUUCUGUACUGUUUUCUAUUGUCAUUACCAUGAAAUGAUUGACCAGUGUGAUUUAUUAUUAUAAUUAUUAUUAUUGUAAUGACAUAGCAUCUAUUGUUUUAUUUUGUUUUAUUUUUGUCUCAUUCAAAAACAGUUUUUUUUGUCAUCAUCAUCACUUGUUUUGAGGCGAUGUUUCAAAGCACACUGGCAUCCAUAGUGUUAAUAUUGUCGUUCCGAUAGACGACAGGUGGAAUGUUGAGAGAUUAAAAGGAAGUACUCGA